UUUCUUAUUUAUUCAUUUUAUGAUUUACAUAACAUAACAAAUUCUUAUAUAUAGGGUGAACUAAUUUCAACUGGAUGUCCACAUAACCUCGAUGGUACAGGUUAUUGUCGCCUACACAUUAAUUCAUAUGGUAUUAUUGAUGAAAUAUCUUGUUUAUCAAAGGAGCCGAUUUCAGUUUUAAAUUUCUUAAACGUUUGGGGAAAACACAACGUUUUGUUUAAAAAGUUAGUGACGCGCUAUAAAGUGGGCGAAAUAAACAAUUUUUUGGCUUACUUUAAUGGAGAUGAAUUUUCGGCGAUUUACAACUAUAUGUUUCCACAUUUAUGGGAUAAUCUGACGAGAAUGUUGAUAUCUAGACCGCCUGAUAAGUAUAAAAAAUGUUUAAUCGAUGAUAUUAUUCAUAUCUACAAAAUGAAUAAUGAAAAAAAGUUUAAAAAGAUCCAUCACCAAUUAAUUAAAGCUUUAUUCUCCGGAAGUGUUUACGAAGAAAAUGUGGUAAAGAUGACUUUGAAUUUCUUGGAGGAACAGAUAUUUUCUCUUCCAAUGUACACUCAUCCUUUAACAAUACCGAUUAUUAUUGCUGGUUACACUGAUAGUAACUUAUUUCGAGAAGAAACGGGAAUUUCGGGGUUAAGUAAGAAGAAGAGGAAAAUUAAUUAAAAAUUUUAAUAAAACUCAUAAAAAUCUA